AACGCUUCAUAUGCACCUCGAAGCAGUGUUUUGAAUCAGCAGUAUCGCAGAUGUUUCGAGAACGGUUCAAGCGCAAAGCAUGCUGGUACUUGGCUGUCAUGGCGCUGUACACAAACAGAAAAAAAAAUCAAGUGAGCACUGAGUUCUUCUAACUUGGAUGGGAGUUGUGUUUUUGUUCUAUUUUUGAGAUUUGAGAGACUGACAGAAAAACGCCAUCAUGUCUGCUGGCAACAAAGCCAUGGAGCUGCAAAUGCAGAUGCGUCAAAAUGCAGAGGAUCUUCAUAACUUUAUGAAAGAGCUUGAUAGCUGGGAAGAUGACAUAAAGAAAAAAGAUGAACAGCUUUGUGCAGGAAACCUAGCAGAUCCUCAGAAAACUCUCCCACCUGUAAGAAACAAGGAUUACAAGAAGAAGCGCAAGGUCAGAAGUAAACCCCCUGCAGAGAAUGAUCAAGGGGAGGAGAAGCCAGUACAAAGAAUAAAAUCAUAUGACUACAAAGCUUGGGACAAAUUCAACGUGGACAAGGCCCUAGAGGCACUGGACAAAGAAGUCAGCCCGGCUGAAUCUAAUGACUCAGACUCUGAGGAAGCGCAAGUGGACAGAGACCUAGCUGAGAAAGAGAAAGAGAAGGGUAACAAGUUUUUCAAAGAUGGAAAGUAUGAUGAUGCCAUUGAGUGCUAUACCAAGGGCAUGAGCGCAGACCCAUACAGCCCUGUUCUGCCCACAAACCGAGCAGCCUGCUUCUUCAGACUUAAAAAGUAUGCCGUUGCAGAGUCGGACUGUAACCUGGCCAUAGCACUGGACAGCAAAUACAUUAAAGCUUAUAGCCGAAGAGGAGCUGCUCGUUUUGCUCUUAAAAACCAUCAAGGUGCUCUAGAAGAUUAUGAAAUGGUUCUGAAGUUGGAUCCAGAGAACCUUGAUGCUCAGAAUGAGAUAAAGAAACUGAACCAGGUUCUAGGAUCCCAAAAGCAGGAAGGGAAGACGGAGAAUACAGUGGCUGAUGUGCCACGUACCGAGGCUGUAAAACCGACGCAACUGGAGGUGGAACAGCAGAGAAGACAAGAGGCAGUUGUGCAAAAAGAUAGGGGCAAUGCUUACUUUAAAGAGGGAAAAUACGAGGCAGCUGUGGAGUGCUACACUAAAGGCAUGGAGGCUGAUGCCUCAAACGUUCUGCUUGCUGCUAACAGGGCUAUGGCAUACCUCAAACUUGAGAGGUAUGCCGAGGCAGAAGAAGACUGCACCAAAGCAAUUGCUCUGGACAACACCUACUCAAAAGCCUUUGCUCGACGCGGCACAGCCAGAGUGGCCCUGGGAAGGCUUAUUGAAGCCAAAGCAGAUUUUGAGCAGCUUCUGAAGCUCGAACCAGGAAACAAGCAAGCAAUGAACGAGCUCAAAAAACUCAACAUGGAGAUGAUGCCUACUGGGCUGCAACAAGCAGAUGGCACACAAAGAAGAACAGUUCAGCCAAUCGACAAACCAGAACACCUCAGAUCAACAAAACCAUUGAAAAGAAUAGAGAUCGAGGAAGUUGGUGGAAAGCUCACCUCUGUAGCUGACCCUCAGAGAGUCACAGCCAAGGCAAGCUCUUCAAGGUCUGGGAUAUUAUCCACUGCAUCAGCAUCUUCAUCAGAGAAAGAGAUGAAAUGUGAGGCCUCUCCAUGCUCUUCUGUUCCUUUUGCUAAGAUCCAGAAGAUAGAGGAGAUAUCACAGCCUCCAUCAGAACCACCAGCCACAGGCCCAGAUGGAGAUUCCUUUGGAAAACAAAAUGUAUUGCACAAAGAGGAAAAAGUUCCUGGUAAAACAGACCAACCAUUAUCAUUGUCUUCCUCCUCAGUCCAGCAUGAAGUUAUUCCUCCAGCCCCCACUAACAGCUUCCAGCUAGAAGCAGAUCUAAGGAAGAUCGGUAAUCAUCCUGAACUUACCUACCAGUAUUUAAAGCAAAUUCAGCCUGAUGCUUUUCAAACUAUUUUCCAAAACUCUCUGGAGCCUGAUAUUCUUAAUAAGAUUUUGAAAGUACUUCAGAGUUUUUACACUAAAAAUGAUGACCCAUCAGUCAUAUUGACCAUCCUGAAAAGCUUGUCAAGUGUGAGAAGAUUUGACAUGGCUGUUAUGUUUAUGUCAUCCACUGAAAAGCAAGUAUUACAGGAGCUGUUUCAAUGCAUUGCACAUGCUGGACUGGAGGACCAUUCAGUCCAAACCCUGAAGAAGAAAUAUGGAGUAUAACUUCUGUGUUGUGGAGGGACAGAGGAGAAGAACUGGACUCUGUAUUAGUGGCAGUUUUUGAAAAAGCAUAGGCUUGUACUCCAAACAAGUCUGUUACUGUUAAGUCAUCAAUGUUUGAGUGAUCUAACAUCUUAUACCUCAAAUCUAGAGUUAAAUUAACUAAACAUGUUUGACAAUGAUUUUUUAUUUAGUUUGGCUUCCAUGAGACUGUUUAUUAAUUUUUUAUUUUUUUUUAAUAAUAUAAACAGCCCAGUUUGUUCAUCAGAAUUCAGUUAUUUUAUGUCCACAUUGACGAUACUGAGGGAGUAAACCGCUGCGUCAUUAGUUAUGAAACACAACUCUCUUUUCUUAAGUAAUGAUAUACUCGACUCGGUCAUAAUGUAAACAUUAUACCAAACUGUAUAACACUUGCAAACACCAGUGUUGGCAGCAACUCCACUCUUUCAGCUGUGGACCGAUAGCUUUCUGCAAAAUAAAAUUGCAACAUUAACAAGAUCAUAAAUCGUAAUUUUCUGUACCUGAUAAAAAUAUAAUAAAAUAACUUACAAAAUUGAAUAUCAAAGGAUUUUGAGGAAGAAAUAAAAAAUCAGUAUUUAAAAAUG